AAUCGCUCGAUAUAUAAGACACUGUCCGGAAUGACACUUAAAUACAAUUAGUCCACGCGUGACCGUCAUUCUGCCAACAAUGACGGGUAUUCCGUUGUUUCUUCUCGUUGGGCUCUGCCUAGCUUCUGGGGCGUUCGCAAAGGUAGGAUUCGGUAAUGGCGAGCAAGAAUGGGGGUACGUGAAUGUAAGACCGAAUGCAAACAUGUUCUGGUGGCUUUACUAUACCACUGCCAACGUUCCCUCGUACUAUGACAAGCCAUUGGUCAUCUGGCUCCAAGGCGGGCCGGGCGCGUCCUCCACAUCUUAUGGUAACUUCGAAGAAUUCGGGCCACUCACCACCGAAUUGAAGCCGAGAAACUACACAUGGGUGAAAGACUACAACGUCCUCUUCAUCGACAACCCGGUGGGUACAGGGUUCAGCUACACCACUUCGACAUCGGCAUACGCGAAGACGAACGCUCAAAUCGCUAAUGACCUCGUCGAAUGCAUGAGAGGCUUCCUGAAGGCGUUGCCGAGAUUCGCCAACGUCCCCACGUACAUCACGACCGAAUCCUACGGGGGCAAAAUGGGAGCAGAGUUUGCUCUCGCUUGGUACAAGGCACAGAAAGCAGGCACUAUCAAAAGUAACCUAAGAGGCGUCGCUCUCGGCGACGCAUGGAUCUCACCCGUCGAUUCCGUGAUGACUUGGGCGCCCUUCUUGCUCGCCACGGGCAUGGUCGACACAGCCGGUUACAAUAAAAUCAACAAAGCAGCACUGGCAACGAAGAAAGCCGCGGAAGCAGGGAGCUGGAAGACCUCCACGAGCCUGUGGAGCUACACGGAGGGCGUGAUUCUGGACGAGACGAACAACAUCGAUUUCUACAACAUCUUGUCGAAAACGAGCUGGAAUUACGAUGUAUAUGCCUCUGUGAAACGAAUGUUAACGAAACCGAGCUUGUCGCAAGAAGUGAUUGCAGAGGUACAGGAUGACGCCUCGUUGAAUAGUUUGAUGAACGGUCCAGUGAAACGAGCUCUCAAUUUAUCGGUCACUCAUGGCAAACAAUCGAAUACGGUGUUCAGCAUGUUGCAGGAAGAUUUCAUGAAGCCUGUCGUCGACAAAGUGGAGCUGCUGUUGGAUCAAACCAACCUGCAGGUGGUAGUGCUCACUGGCCAGUUGGAUCUUAUUGUAGACACUCCAGGGACUCUUGCUUGGGUCGAGAAGAUGAAGUGGAAGUGCUCAAAUACCUGGAUGACGAGUCCUAGGCGUCCACUGGUCGCUGCGAACGUGAUCGAAGGCUACGUCAAGUCUGCUUGCAAUUUGUCGAUGUACUGGGUCAACAGAGCUGGACAUAUGGUUCCCAAGGACAAUCCCGCUGCGAUGGCAAAGAUACUGAAGGCUAUGACGGGUUAGCACUCGUAAUUGGACACCAGGCGACACCAACGACCAAGUAAAACCACCGUUCUUUACAAACAAUUUCAGCAACGCGCUGUAAACGCGUGUCGAAAUCGAAUAAAUUAAAAUUCUCUUCUUCAAA